CACGCCCCGUCCCCUCACACACUUUUCUUGUUGCGCUGGAUGCUGGGAAGUCUACACCCAACAUGGCAGGAGACUUGCAAAGAAUCUGUGGCGCCCGGCGAGAGGAAGAGGAGGACGCCUGAGAGGGGGACUAUGCGGGUCACACGUGGAUGCUGUCACUAGUUUCCAGUUCCACGGCUCCAGUCAUCUUGCUCCUACGAGUCUGCCUCCCCCACAUCCUGCUGGGCGGCCGCUCCCACCAGACGGCUCCAUAUUUUCACAGUCCUUCACCUGUGGCUGCUGGGCUGCAGGCAUGUCAUUGACCUCCCCAUCACGGGCGACAGCGACACCACCCCCCACCUCUGCCCGCUCGUCAUCUGCCGCCCAGGACCGCAGGAGGAGGAGACUCUGCAGGUGAGAGAUGGAAGAUGACAGCAAGAAGGGGAAAAAGCAGCCUGGAAUUGUGUCUCCAUUCAAACGUGUGUUUCUGAAGGGAGAGAAGAGCCGGGACAAGAAGGCUCAGGAGAAGGUGACGGAGCGGAGGCCCCUGCACACCGUGUCCGUGUCACAGGCGGAGCAUCGCGUGGAGCCGGACGUGCUGCUCAACGAUUACAUAGAGAAAGAAGUCAAGUAUUUAGGGCAGUUGACCUCAAUCCCCGGAUACCUCAACCCUUCCAGCCGCACAGAAAUUUUACAACUUCUUGACAAUGCAAAGCGCCUGCACCAGCUUCCUGCGCAGCUCACCCAGGAGCACGACGCGGUCAUCAGCCUGUCCGCCUAUAACGUCAAGGUGGUGUGGCGGGACGGCGAGGACAUAAUACUGCGAGUCCCCAUCCAUGACAUCGCCGCCGUCUCCUACAUCCGGGACGACUGCCUGCACCUGGUGCUCCUCAAAACAGCCCAGGACCCCGGCAUCUCUCCCAGCCAGAGCCUGUCCGCCGAGAGCGCCAAAGCACUGACCUCUGGAUCCCUGUCGGAGUGCGGGACGGGCCCCGUGGAGUCCUGCUGCCUGGUCAUCCUGGCCACAGAGAGUAAAGCGGCUGCGGAGGAGCUGUGCUCCCUGCUCGGACAGGUCUUUCAGAUCGUGUACACAGAGUCCACCAUCGACUUCUUGGACAGGGCCAUAUUCGAUGGGGCGUCCACCCCCACCCGCCACCUGUCACUACACAGUGAUGACUCUUCGACUAAGGCGGAGGGGAAGGAAGCCUACGACCUGGAUGCGGGAGCCUUCUCCUUUCAGGACUCGCCAGAUAUCGAGGGAAACUCUCCGCCUCACAACAAAACGGCCAGCGAGAGCGAGCUGAGCGCCACGGCGGCGGAGCUGCUGCAGGACUACAUGAUGACGCUGAGGACGAAGCUUUCCUCCCAGGAGAUCCAGCAGUUUGCGAUGCUCCUCCACGAGUACCGGAACGGCGCCUCCAUCCACGAAUUCUGCAUCAACCUCCGGCAGCUGUACGGGGACAGCCGCAAGUUUCUGCUGCUCGGACUUCGGCCGUUCAUCCCCGAGAAGGACAGCCAACAUUUUGAGAAUUUCCUGGAGACCAUCGGUGUGAAGGACGGCCGCGGGAUAAUCACGGACAGCUUCGGCAGGUACAGGAGGACCAUGAGCACCGCCUCCAACUCCACCACAAACGGCAACGGCGCGGCGGAGGGAUCAGACGACCAGUCGGUGCCGUCCGAAGGAGACGAGUGGGACCGGAUGAUCUCCGACAUCAGCAACGACAUUGAGGCUCUGGGGUGUAGCAUGGACCAAGACCCCCCACCACCGGGGCCCCCAAAUUACUCCUGAUCCCACACCCAGGACUGAGGAGUCGUCAGGUCAAUGCCACUGGCGGGUAUUGACGCGUUUCCAUGCCUCCUGCCCUCCAUAUUGCAGGUGCUGUCCCUAAGCUGUUGGAGCAUCGGUGCCCACUAGAUGGCGCCAUCACCUUCCCCUUAUUACUACAGAGAAACUUUGGUACCCAAAUUUUGUUGGGCCACAAGACUGCGUCAGUGACCCUCAUGUGGGCGACUUUUCUACUCAUUUGUUACACCCCAACCCCUUCGUACAUUUUCGGCGGUUUCUACGAUGAAGUUUUCUACUUUGCACAAGAACUUUUUUUUUUUUUGUUGUUUCGCUUGUUUUUCAAGUUGUGUUUUUUUGUUUAGUUUUUUUUAUAUAAAGUUCAAAGAAGAAAAAAAACAAAAAGUUUACCACAAUGUGAAUCCGGACAGAUGGCGUGUGCUUGUGUCGCCUCACGUAUACUAGUGUAUGUUGUAUUCGCACCAGUGUUUGCCAGCCCCAGGGGGCAUGGGCCUGCAGCUCAGCACACAGGGCAGGAUGGGCGCAGCCCAUGGUGGUGCCCUAGGAUUACACGAGCUGGAUCUCAGGCUGGCAGCCCGGGGCACCGCUUGUAUUUAUAGAUUUUGUUAUCGUUUGUAGGACAUUUUGCGCUGUUUACAAGAAUCGGAUCCCGGUUCUACCACAUCGUUGCUGUCUCAGCAGUGGGUUCUGCCAGCGUGCCAACGCCUCGUCUCAUGGUCUGGUGUAAAGCCUGCAGGUUUGAUCCCCGUUGCAAUAGUAUUCAACCCCUUGGAUUCCGCGUGUUUCUCACUCUUUUACACUAGUCUCAUCCAGAGCUGUGUUCAAGGUUUGGCUGGAUUUCAGCUUUUUCCACUCGCCUUGACCCUGUUCACACAUGUCGGUCUCUUAGUGCCCGCUCUGCGGUGAGGGAAAUGUAGUGCACCAGACUGUAUACAUUGUGCUUAGUGGUGCCAUUCAGGCUGCAACUGUGAGAACGGUGCUGAUGGUUUCCGAGGAUAACCAGCGGAACUGCUAAUGCAGCUCUGGAUGUAACUAGAGUACAAGCUAUGGAUCCGAAUUAGUACAAGAUAAAUGUCGCAAAGCAUUUACAUAGUUCCAUAAUAUUAUGUAGAGGUGUAACCUGUGGGUCAGUGCUCUCUAACCCUCCAGCUUUUGCAAAGUAUACUGGGGGUUGUAGUACCAUGAUGGGUUGAGAGCCACAGGUUGCAGACCACUGCUGCUUUCAAUAUCAACAGUUCUCAUGCUCUCUGCUUGCUGUCAGUAAUUAGAAGCCUUGUCCUGUUCUGGUCCUACUCGUGCAGCUGAAGGUUUAUUCCAUAUGACCUUUCAUCAGCAAGAACCUGAAUGUACAGAUACAUUGCAGCAGACCCUCAGCUGUGUGGGUGGGACUAUGCCUCUGAAUGUAAACAAAAGUCCUAAUAUUCACUGACAGCAAGCAGACCCUCAGAAUCUACAUUCUGCAAGUGUUUGAACAAUGAUCCCCAUAUGCCAGGAUUUCCCAGAAUUCCCUGCAACCCGGGCAGAUAGCUGUGGGAGCCAAGAUAGGCAGGCCGAGGACUGUGUACUACGGGGUUACAGGCCGCACCCCGAGUCGACCAAAAUCUCCCCUGCACCCAGGAAAGCUCUUUCAGUUCAUCCUAGCAGAGUCAUGAACUGCCAGUACAGCUAUUUCCUUUACAUUUAGCCAAGGUGGAGUUCCCCUUUAGUCCCAUACUACUCCUGCGAGAGCACAGGUAAGUCUGCGGCGGCCAUCUUUAGGUCAGGUGAGGCGGCUGGUGAUUUGAAGGUUUGUACUUUGAAGUUUGUCUUUUUUUGUUUUACAUUUGGAUUUUUAGUGCUUUUUAUAUCUUUUGUUUACUUAUAUGUAAUAUUUUAUCUGUAAAUAUACACAAGCAUCUAACCCGACUCCUUCC